CACAAUAAGUCGCUGUACGUUGAUCUCUGAAACACAAGCGCAUUACUAGCACACGAACAUUAGUAAUUAUAAAUCAGCCGUUGCUAAAAGUGUGAAUUUUUAAUAAUUUUUUGUUUUUCCCGAAAAAGUUUUCUCAAUAGUUUUAAUUUACAGUUGUUUGAACCGCGUGAUCGUGUUAAUUAAUUAGUCAUUGAUCAUUUAUAAACAUAAUUAAAAUUCUAAUAGAAGUAUAGUGGUACCGAGCCUUAUAAAUUGAAAGGUUUGUCCCGUUGAUAAUUGUUUGGGAAAAUGAAGGUUGUGUUUACAUACUGAUUAGGAUGGACUCCUAGAAGUACGUCGAUCAGUACUAUAGAAAUGGUUAAAUUCAUAUUGCGGCCGCAGUGUUAGAAUUAUGUCAGCGAAACGUCGAGACGAUUUGAUAUAAGUACCAACUGCAACGGUUUACACAUCAUCCGAGACGUCAAGUUAAAUUUUUUAUUAACAAAUUUUUCUUCGCUCCUCGACAUCGGAGAGCUUCAGUGAACGGACUGCUGCUUGAAUAUGCUACGCAUAUCAAAUUUCAGCAAACGACAAUGGCUAACGUUAAUCGUGUUUAGUAUUGCUGACUUUUGCAACGCUAUUUGCGUAUCUCUACAAGCUCCGUUUUAUCCAUUAGAAGCAGAAAGGAAAGGAGCCACUGCUACCGAAUAUGGGCUCGUUUUUGGGGUCUUUGAGUUAGUCGUAUUUAUAAUUAGUCCAAUUUAUGGUAAACACCUAAAUAAAAUCGGACCGAAGUAUUUGUUCAACGGUGGAAUAUUUACGACGGGAAUAUGUGCAAUACUGUUCGGAUUUUUGGACAAGGUAGAUGGCCACUACCCGUUCAUUAUACUUUCAUUUGUAAUCCGUAUUAUAGAAGCUAUGGGUAACGCUGCUUUUUUAACAGCCAGUUUUGCCAUAAUUGCUAUGGAAUUCCCAGACAAUGUUGCUACGACAUUUGCAUCGCUUGAAACAUUUUUUGGUCUCGGACUCAUUGUUGGUCCAACAGUUGGAGGAGCUCUGUACGAGAUCGGCGGUUACGUUACUCCAUUUUUGGUACUUGGUUCUGCACUAUUCCUUUCGGCUGUCAUGACAGCUUUCGCCCUUCCAGAUCAUCCUAACAGAAGGAGGGACGUUCCCAGUGAUGCUAGUUUACUUAAAGUUUUAAAAAUUCCUGGCAUACUUUUGGCUGCAGCUAGUAUAAUUGUCACGUCAAUGAGUAUUGGAUUCUUAUCUGCCACUUUGGAACCACAUUUAAGACAGUUCAAUUUAUCACCGAUGGUGUUAGGCCUCAUGUUCGUCAUUAAUGGAGGAACCUAUGCUUUGACAGCUCCUUGGUGGGGAUGGCUUUGCGACAAAAUAAUGCCUGCGAAAGUCGUUACUUUACUUGGGUGCAUUAUACUCAUGGUUGGUUUCAGUCUCAUCGGGCCCGUGCCAUUUUUGAACAGACCUACGGAACUGACUGUUACCAUAAUUGGAUUGGUACUCCAUGGAAUGGGAAUGGGUGCUCAAUUGGUUGCAUCGUUUACCGACGCAUUACGGACAGCAGUUCAACACGGAUUCUCCAAUAGUUUGGAAACAUAUGGAUUAAUAUCGGGCUUAUGGACGUCUACUUUUGCACUUGGCGCCUUCAUCGGGCCAUCCGUAGCAGGCGUACUAUAUGAUAUUGUGGGAUUCGGCACAGCGACUGUGUUUGUCAUUGUUUUAUCUGCAAUGGUGGGUGUGUCGGUGUCGUUAUUCUUGAUGUUUUCGCGGCCACCGAGAAACAUCAAAGACGUGCACAAUUUAGAAGAGCUCAUGGAUCCAGUUACUAAAAGCGCAAUGGAAAACGGGUCGGCGGCAAUGUCAACGGGCAACGGCAAUGGCGGAUACAAUGGCCUGAUGUCUGCGGCCAUGUCUUGUCCCGUGCCCACAGAGAGACCGCCAGGUAUGGACGGUAUUAUAGCGUGUAGUAGCUACAAAAACAGAUUGGGCACGUGGAACCGGAAAGAGAGUGAGCUGAUUAUUGGCAGUAGCUAUGUCGAAGAAAACAGGGGUUUGCUGAGUCCAUAAAAACCUGUAAAUUGUAAACCUAACCCUUGUUUUGAAACGCAUUAAUUUUAUUAGAUUUUAUUUGUAAAAUUUUACGUGUGUACCUCCCAUUCCUUUAUUGAUUAUGGUUUUUGUUUACUAUUUAUAAUUCGUUGUAAGCCCAUACGUUUAUUUAUUUUAUGAUAGGAAGUGAGCAGAAAAGUUGGCCUAAGUUUAGAUAUUUAUACAAGUUACUGUUAUUUGAAAUGAUUUUUUUUUUUUUUUUUAUAACAUACGUUGCGUUAGAUAUCGGGGCUUGAUAUUUUUAGCCUUGACGAAUUAUCUUAUUUUAUGAGUAUGUUUUUAUUUUUAGCCAAAUCAUUUAUUUGGUAAACCUUUUUUGUGAAUCUCUAAUAAAAAUGUUUUCAUUUUUUUCAAUAAUUAUAUUUUAUUUUUUAGAAAGUCAAUAUUCUAGUGUGCUAUUUUUACUACAUUAAAAAAAUCAUAUAAAGUAAAUGAAUUUGAGAUAACUCAAAUAAAAAACUAAUCUAGAAUGUAAAACGGAUAUUUUUACUGUCACUAAUGUAGCAUUAUCUAUAAGAAGGACUAGUGCUGGAUUGUAUAUAUUAUACAUUACAAAGCUGGAUUUCUGCUAAUCCAGUGGUAUUCAACAUUUUAUUUUGUUUAAUAAAAAAGUAUUAAUUUUUA